AUGGUUUCAUCUACCAGUGUUCUUCUUGCUUCAGGUUCUUCUUUUUCAUCAACUCAGAGAAAACAACAUGUACAAGUAGUUGAACAAGAAGUAGAUGCUCUUUUGAAAUGGAAAUCAACCCUUACUACCCAAAAUCAUUCUCUUCUCUCUUCUUGGAAGAUGAAUUCUACUGCGAGUACAACGAGUCCUUGUAAAUGGAUUGGAAUUAUUUGCAACAACAAGGGUAGCGUUGCGGAAUUGAGCUUAACAGGUUUGAGUUUACAGGGUACACUGCAUAGUUUCAAUUUUUCAUCUUUCACUAACUUUGUUAGUCUUGACUUGAGCCAGAACCAACUCUUCGAAACCAUUCCAUCACAAAUUAGUCAUCUUACAAAACUCACCUCCUUUGAUCUUUCUUCGAAUAAAUUUUCGGGACAUAUUCCACCAGAAAUAGGUCUGCUCACAAGUCUGCUGUCUUUAGACCUUUCUGAAAAUAAAAUUAGUGGAUCCAUCCCUCAAGAAAUUAGCAAUUUAUCUCUUCUCACUGAUCUUAUGCUGUACAAGAACAAUCUGGCUGGUUCAUUGCCUACUUCUCUAUGCAAUUUGACCAACUUGGAUGUUUUAGCAGUGUUUGAAAAUCAGAUUUCCGGUGUCAUUCCUCGAGAUAUCGGAAGACUUAGUUCACUUACUAUCUUAGCUUUGUAUCAAAACAAUCUAAAUGGUCCAGUCCCUUCUUCUAUAUGCAACCUGACUAACUUGACGCGUUUACUAAUGUAUGAAAAUCAAAUCUCGGGUGUCAUUCCUCCAGAUAUCGGUUUGCUAAGUUCUCUUACAGAUUUAGAGUUGUCCGCCAACAAUCUCAGUGGUUCGAUCCCCGCUUCUUUAACCAAUUUGACUAGGUUAGAGGGUCUUUAUCUAUAUGAAAACCAACUUUCAGGCAUCAUACCUCAAGAUAUAGGUACUCUCACAAGUCUGCGCUCGUUGGACCUUUCUAAAAAUCAAAUUAGUGGAUUUGUCCCUCAUGAAAUUGGCAAUUUAUAUUUUCUAACUGAUCUACUUUUGUACAGAAAUAAGCUUAAUGGUUCACUGCCUAACUCUAUAUGCAAUCUCACUAUCUUGACAAGUUUAUUAAUUUAUCAGAAUCAAAUCUCGGGUGCCAUUCCUCGAGAUAUUGGAAGCCUAAGUUCUCUUACCAUGUUAGUUCUGUACGACAAUAAUCUUAGUGGUUCAAUCCCAACUUCAAUAUGUAAUUUAACCAAUUUGGAUCAUUUAUCAGUAUUUGAAAACAGCCUUUCUGACAUCAUUCCUACAGAAAUUGGUAGGCUCAAGUCUCUUACCAUCUUAUAUAUGUAA